AUGAGCCAACAACACAUCAUGGGCGAAACUGCCCGAUCUCCUGUCGCAAGGGCACUUUCUCCUUCAACAAUUACUGCCGAUUAUCAAUUAUAUGGCAAGAAAAAACCACACACUGUAUAUACACAACAAGAAUUAAACGAAUGUACAUUUAAACCAAAGAUUUCCGAAAAUUCUAAAGUGUUGCUGCAAGAUCUAACCACAGAUCCAGUGCAAGAAAGAACAAAACAAAUUUUGGAACAACGAGAACGAAGAAUUAAAGAAAUACGAUCCCGUUUGGAAGAACAGAAACAAAUGACCUUUAAGCCCAAUAUUUCCGAUUACUCAUUCAGAGGAAAGAGAACUAAUUUUAUGGAAUCAAUUGAUGAACAAAUACAAAGAAGAAGAGAAUUUCUUGAAAAGUGUGAGAUUGAACGCAAGACCAGAGAAGAAAAAGAAAGCAUAGCUUCAUUCACUCCACAAAUUACAGAAACGUCAAAACAGCUAGGAACAAGGGGAGGUAACGUGUUCGACAGAUUAUUCACUCCAAAAAAAGUACCCUCAGAAGAACAAAGUGAAAUGGACCUCAAUAGCACAACCAUUUCUUCAGAGUCCAAAUCAAAAUCUGUGCGAAGCGAAUCCUGCACUCCAACAGACGAAAAACUUUUCCAUCAAGCAAAAGAACGCGAGCAAAAAAGGAAGCAAUUAGAGGAAGAAGCAUUAGAGCAAGCCAAAAAGCUCCAAGAAUUUAAAGUUAACGAGAAAUCUGAAGAGUUUUUAAAGGCAAAACUUAUCAAGGAUUUGGCAAAGGCAUUUAAAGAUUGUCCAAGAGAGGACGAGCUGACCAUAACUUUCUCUGAAUUUGUAAAGGUAUUGUCCAAUCUUUCAUUUUCUGCCUCCAAGAAGGAGGAACAAGCGAUCAUUGACGAAAUUUGGAAAAUUAUGGAUGUUGAAGGAAGUGGAUCUAUACACUUUGAAAGAUAUUUAUCAAUCAUGAUGGCAAUCUUCGACAAGAAUCUAAUCUCAAAAUCAGAUGAACCAAUAAGAGACAAGCUAGAGGAACUAGGUCACUCCAUCAAGAAGCUCUCAAUUAACAAAAUCGCCUUUUCCAAAAUCAAUGAAGAACGAUUUGAAAAAAUUAAGAAAGAAACAGAUAAGGAUUUAACAUUUAAACCUAACAUUAAUGCUUCAACCCCUAAAAAGCAGCGGGAAUCCAGCGAACAAUCUGACACGAAAAAUGAACCUAGGUACUUGAAACUCAUGAAACAACACAGUGAAAUGGAAGAAAAGAUGAAAAGAGAUCGAGAGGCAUGGGAAAAGAAGAAGAUGACUGAUUGCACAUUCCAACCCAGAACCAACUCUGCAAAAAAGUCCUAUGGGCAAACUCACAAUAGCAAUGCAUCAAGCGUUUCAAGAUUUGACUUGCUUUACCAAAUGGCAAGCAAACCUAAAAAACCACUUUCAGAAAAGACAGCUGCAGAGAGAGAAAUUGAAGAAUGUACUUUUCGUCCUGAUACCUCACAAACGAAGAAUGUGAGUCUUUCAAAGUCCAUUGAUUUUGACUCCAUUAAAGGAUUUAAGGAAACCAUUGGAAGAAUAAGAAAAGGCAAUGAGGAGCGAGAACGAUUGUACAAUUAUUUCAACAAUGUCAGAGAGAAAGCUGCAACAACAACGGACGAUUUCAAAAACAAGAAAACUGAAUUUAAACCAUUUUCGUUCCAACUGGACAAACGAAAAAAGUCAAAACCUCUCCUCUACAUGGAUGUUAACCUUGGUGUUGGAAAGAGUGGACGUCUUGCAAUCCAUGAAGGAGAUUCCGCAGAAACAUUGGCCAGUAAUUUUGCAAAAACUUACAAACUUGAUGAACUUUUACAGAAGAGGCUUGAACAAUUGAUUAAGCACCAUAUCGACAUGCAUGAACAAGCAUUGGAGAAUGACUGCUGCAAGACAGAUCACAGCAAUGUCGAAAGUCAUCAGGAUUCGGCUAUGAAUCAGAAAGAGAAUUUAGAACCCUCAUCGAGCACAACGAAUGACGAAGAGAUAGAAUCGUCACAAGGCGAUACAGUUUCAGCUACCACACUGGUUCGAGAUGAACACGACGAUGAAUUUAAGGUAGUUGCUCCAAAGAAAUCUAGUCAACCUCCAAGAAGCAAAACACCAACACCCAAGACCAAUGAUUUCAACCUCAGAAGGAGCUAUGAUGACUCUAAAAGAUCCAAGACGCCAACAUCCAUUAGUUACAAAUCCAAAUUGCCUCUCAAAUAA